AUGGCAAGGAUUGAACAAUGGCGUACAAUAAUCAUAUUGUGUUUGGGGUCUCUGGGGGCGCAUCCCAGUUUUUGCAGUCGUUUUUUUCCAUCAACCAUGUGGGGAGGAAAGCGAUUCAUUACUGGCUGUCGUCAGCACACACAGCCAGCGGGCCUAUCGCCUGCAACCUGUUUAGUUAGGGGUCCCGCCGAGACUCGCUCUGCCUCGUGCGCUGCUGCUGGACUCGCUGCUGGCGAGGAGGACACAAUAGGAUGGAUGCCGCUAGCCUGCUAGCUCUAAUAAAGACACACAGUGACGUUGAGCAACAUUGCCCGAGAUUAUGCUGAGCAUCCUUGCAGCUGGCUCCAUAUUCUUCCCAGGCCUCUUCCUGCUGUCCAAGCGAUUCCUGAAACAUGCUCCCGGGCUCAAAUGGAGCGAGAAGGAUGCUGUCAUCGUCUCGUCCAGACUGGUGUCCUCCGUUCAGGCCAUUAUGGCAUCCUCUGCCGGGUACAUCAUCGCCUGUUCAUGUGAAGACAUCAUUGAGGACCAGCAUUGGCUUACCAGCAGCUAUAUCCUCUUUGCUGUCCCCUACUUCGUCUAUGACAUCUAUGCCAUGUUCUUGUGCCACUGGUACAAACUUCAGGUCAAAGAUCAUGAGGAGGAGAGCGAAGCCAAACCGAUGAGGUCUGCCAUCCUCGGCUAUCUGCGCCGAGAGUUCCUUAUGGUCUUGCACCAUGUCGUCAUGGUCACUGUCUGUUUCCCUGUCUCUGUGUUCUGGAGACAGGGAAAGGGGGAUUAUUUCCAGGGUGUGAUGUUCCUGGCAGAACUCAGCACCCCAUCUGUCUGUCUUGGAAAAAUACUCAUCCAGUACAAGCAACAGCACACUCUCCUACAUAAAGUCAAUGGAGCUCUUAUGCUGGUCACUUUCUUCAUCUGCAGAGUUCUUCUCUUCCCCUACCUCUACUACGCCUACGGCAGGUAUGCCUCCAUCCCCUUCUACAUGGUGCCACUGUCUGUGCCCUGGCAGUUUAACGCAGGUGCAGCUUUGCUCAUGGCCCCGCAAGUCUACUGGUUUUCCCUCAUCUGCAGGGGCGCCUUCCGUCUCUUCACCGGAGCCUCACGGCACAAAGCUGCUCCUAGCAGCACAGACUCUGAACCGAAAACCUCACUCCUGCCCCCUGCCAACGGAUACAGCCCCAGAGAGACCGACUCGCACUGAGAGAGGAGUAGAGAUAGAGAUGUAGGUACAAGGUUGCUAGGUUUAGACCAAACAGGAAACCGAAGGCAGACUGACUUAUUACAAUGGCUGGAUCUACCAGACACAGUGGCGUGGGUUAGCAAACAAAGAAACUGAAGGUCUGUACCCUCGCUAUUCACCAUCAUCCUCUCAUUGAGAAGAAAAAUAAGACUGCAGACCAAACCAAACAGAUUGUUUUCCCCCUAACAUGCACAUUCUCUAUGUUGGAGCAGUAGGUCGGGGAAAUGUCAUCUGCUGCUUUGCAGGGUUAGUGCAUCAUUUGUAGAUUACCAUGGUCAUAAGCUUCAGAAAAAGGGACUGAUGUGGAUGCAACGGGAACAGUAUUUAAAAUGAUCAAUGGAUCCUGUUCUCCUCUCUGAGAAUCUCUGUCUCUGUUUGGUACAGUUGCAGAGAGGAUACGAAAAAGGGAACAGGAAUUUCUCAAGUCGAUUUGUACAUAAGUUUUUAUUAAGAUUUACGUUGAAUUCCAAAUAGACUUUUAAUUUAUUUUAGAUUUUUGUAGAACCCGUUUAUUUAUUAUUUAUUCAGUUCCAUUCCUAAAUUCGGGUGGAUUAGUUUAAAACAAAACCGUUCACAAAGUUGUUUGGUUCAAAACAAUCCUUCAGACCCUCACUGUGGGUGCAUGGCCUCCUUCCAGCUGUUUUUCCCUUUCCUGGUUCUCAUCACCGCUAAAAGACAAGAUGGCAGCGGCUGCAUCCAGUUAGUUAGUGAAUCAGCAGUUCUAAAGUAGAAGGGGGUCAUUUAAAGGAUUUGGAUGAGGCUGAGGUAAUGCAUUAGCAUAUCUCUGCUGCAGUGCUCCAAUCCUUUUAAGAUCCAGACGUCAGAUGGAGGGGGAAGAGACCAAGCUGCCCAGUGAAAUACUGCACUUGAAAACCAGGCUGAAGUUGGCAAGGCAUUCGGACGAACCUGAGCCAGUCGAUUUGUACGUUGUGUACAGUUUUAUGUGAGGAGGCUGCCAGCAUAAAGGCCCUCGCUAACCUCUAAUAGAUCCACACCACAAUAUGGAUUCUAUGCUACCACUGAUUGUAUUCUGCACACUGAAUGGUUAACAACUGCUGUUUUUCUCCACACUGAUGAGAUGUUUCUUAACUGCUUCUCCUCAGGCAGCCAGCCUUCGUUUCUGUCUGGAUAUAUAGGAGGUCCACUGAUUAUGUGUUUUGUCACCAAUUAGUCCUCACUUUUAUGGUAAAAGUGUCAUUGGUGUAACAGUGUUGUCACAUACCUCCCUUAGGCCUGAUUCUUUUGCUUUGCUCCCAAACAGGGCUCUGCCAGUUUGACGUUAAACAGUAUUAUUAGAGGUUGAAGUGAGAGGAUGGCACACAGAGUGGAUUCUAGAAGUGAAUCUUGCACUGAAUUAUCCCAAGGAGUCUGUGAGAUACUGUAAUACUUUUAAAAGCACUGCACAGAUCUUUUUAGAUCAACGUCCCAGAUAUAGUUCUGGACCACUAUAAUUGGAUUAGAUUAGUCAUGUUUCUGUUACACACUAGAACGUUUUUGUUCCACUGCUUUAGUUAGCUCGUAUGCCUCAAUGUAGCCUUAGAAGUAAUGCUUUCAACAUGCUCUUUACACAAAGUACUACACUGGGCCAUCACAACACUUACUCAAGGGUACUGCCCAGUGUUAGGCAUGAAUAGGGGCCAGUAUUUUCAACUAUAGCAAAAUGUACUGGUUUGGGAACUGGUUAAAAAUCAUGUUUUGAGCUAGGAACGACUGUAUCUUCUGACUUUGUUUUUAUGUAAUUAUUGUUAAUUUAUUCUUUUAAUUUAUGUAUUUAUUUGGCCAAGUCUGAAUGUACAUAUGAAUUCACAUCUAAAUGUUCUUCUAAGUGGGCUUCUGUUUAUCUAGCUGCCUGAAGACUGUUCUGUAAUUCUGGUUCUCUCAGCUGAAAUAUACUCUCGCUCUCUCCUGCUGUGCUCUGA